UCAGCGAUUGUAAAAAAUAUGGAUUAAAUAAUCGAGAUAAUUUAUUUUAGAUUCGACUAAUGGGGACCUACGUUCUUAGAGGAUAAUAUUAGCUGUAAAAAUGAGGGUAGCAUGUACUAAUUUUGUUACUUGUCGUGAUCCGUAGUUUGUGACAGGUUCAGACUGGGAUUAGCACCGUUCAAAGGUCAUUUAUCUGGUGUUAACUCAGUUCUUGUAACGAAGCGUAUCAGAAUGACCACCAGAAAUAUAACACGGUUUUGGGAAUGGGGAAGGAAGAUCAUCUGUGUCGGAAGAAAUUACGCCGACCAUGCUAAAGAGCUGAAAAACGCUGUGCCAACCGAACCGGUGCUUUUCCUGAAGCCCCCGUCCGCCUAUGUGAAAGAAGGCUCUCCAAUACUUGUGCCACAUUACUCUAGUAAUCUUCACCAUGAAGUUGAGCUUGGAAUUGUCAUUGGAAAAGGGGGUACAGCAAUCCCCCAAACUUCUGCCAUGGAGCAUGUGGCCGGCUACGCUUUGUGCUUAGACAUGACUGCUCGGGACGUACAAGACGAUUGUAAAUCCAAAGGUCUACCAUGGACUUUGGCCAAAGCAUUCAACACCUCUUGCCCCGUCAGUGAUUUCAUUUCUAAAGAGAAAAUCCCAGAUCCCGGGAACGUAAACUUGUGGCUGAAGGUAAACGACAAGAUGCGCCAGAAUGGCCACACGUCUCAAAUGAUUUUCUCCAUUCCAUACCUAAUCAGCUACAUCAGUGAGAUUAUCUCUCUGGAGGAAGGGGACCUCAUCCUCACCGGCACUCCUAAAGGGGUGUCCAGCGUCCAGGAGUUUGAUGAGUUGCAAGCUGGCAUCGAGGACAUUCUCACAAUGACAUUUAAAGUUGACAGAUUGUGACCUAUUCUUGCAUUUACAUAAAAAUGUCAUAUAGUUUGACUGACCUGUAUGCACAUCACAAAUAUAUAUUGCCGCUGUUAGUAACUGGUGAAAUCCAGCUGUCGUGUGCAAAGACCAAAAAAGGCCCAGAGGGUCUCUGCAAGGCUAUUCUUAUGUCUUUCAUAACUGAAUGGAUUUUUAAUUUUUGUUAAAAUAAAUAUUUCAUAUAUCUUUAAUCAUUUUGUGUAUGGUCCUCACAAGUUUAUUACAUGUGAAGUCAUUAUGUGCCUAAAUGCUCCUGAAUUGUCACAUCAAUUACCAAAUAUGACAACACAAAGCAUUACUACACAGAGAAAUAACAGAUGUUGUUUGGGGGAUCUAAGCAUCGUUAUAUUAUGCAGCAUACUGUAUAUCCUGUCUCAGAAACAUGGUGCUCACUGGGUCAAUUCUGAUUCAGUUUGCUCACUUGCUGCCGAUAUGUUUGGUGUAUUUGUACUUCAUGUGUUUGUAUGCGACAUAUUCAUGUGGUAGAGCAA